AGUUGUUUCCUCUAACAAAAAAACAAAUCCACAAGAACCGGAGCUAAAGCCCCCUCUCUCACCCUCCUCUUCUUCGAGCUCCGCCGAGGAGCCGAUACCAGCCCAAAAACCCUAGCGCUUCCGCGUUUCGGAGAAGCGCGGCGCGGCCAUGGAGAGCGCCCUCGCGAGCGCGUCGUCGAUCGCGGACCAGCGCCAGAAGAUCGAGCAGUACCGCCUCAUCCUCGCCUCCGUCCUCUCCUCCUCCCCCACCGACAUCGCCCAGGCGAAGCGCUUCAUCGACCACAUGGUCUCCGACGAGGUUCCACUUGUUGUGUCGCGGCAGUUGCUUCAGAGCUUUGCACAGGAGCUGGGGAGGUUGGAUGCUGACGCGCAGAAGGAGAUUGCACACUAUGCCUUAAAACAGAUUCAGCCUAGGGUGGUCUCUUUCGAGGAACAGGUCUCAGUCAUUAGGGAGAAGCUAGCUGAGCUAUAUGAGUCUGAGCAGCAGUGGUCAAAAGCAGCGCAGAUGCUAAGUGGGAUUGAUUUAGAAUCUGGAAUUAGGAUGCUUGAUGACGCAUACAAGCUAUCCAAGUGUGUCCAUAUUGCUCGUCUCUAUCUUGAGGAUGAUGAUGCAGUGAAUGCUGAGGUUUUCAUCAAUAAGGCAUCUUUCUUGGUUAGCACCAGUCAGCACGAGGUUCUAAAUCUACAAUAUAAGGUUUGCUAUGCAAGGAUAUUAGAUUUAAAGCGGAAAUUUCUGGAAGCUGCACUUCGUUAUUAUGACAUUUCUCAGAUUGAGAAACGCCAAAUUGGAGAUGAGGAGAUUGAUGAGGAUGCACUGGAGCAAGCUCUCAGUUCUGCUGUGACUUGCACAAUAUUGGCUGCUGCUGGUCCCCAACGUUCUCGUGUACUUGCUACCUUGUACAAGGAUGAAAGAUGCUCAAAAUUGAAGAUAUAUCCCAUAUUGCAAAAGGUUUACCUUGAAAGGAUUUUACGAAAACCAGAAAUUGAUGCAUUUGCUCAGGAAUUGAAAGCACACCAGAAAGCACUGUUACCAGAUAAUUUCACUGUGCUUGACCGGGCAAUGAUCGAGCAUAAUCUUCUGAGUGCUAGUAAACUUUAUACCAACAUAAGUUUUGACGAAUUGGGAACUUUACUGGGUAUCCCUCCUGAAAAGGCUGAAAAGAUAGCCUCUCGGAUGAUCUAUGAGGACAGAAUGAGGGGUUCAAUUGAUCAGGUUGAAGCUGUUAUACAUUUUGAGGAUGACAUGGAAGAGUUACAGCAAUGGGAUCAGCAAAUUGUCGGUCUAUGCCAAGCUCUUAAUGAUAUCCUCGACUGUAUAACUAGCAAGGGCAUCACAAUUCCUGUUUGAGUUAUCAGCUAUGCCAUAAGAUCCCUUGGUGAUUGACAAUUGGAAAUUUGUCCUAGCAUUUUGGGUUGACGACGAUUCAUUUCGGUAUCAGCUUCAUUUAAUACUUCAUGGGGUCCCUUAAUCUUGUUUUCCUCCUUUUUGAGCAAAAAAAUUCUGUAUAAAGGACAUUGAUUUCGUCGCAUGCUAUGUGAAUAGGAGUUAAUUCAGUCAAAGCUAGCAUUAGGAGGUAGGGUUAUUCAUUUUAUGCUUGUUUUGCUCUUUGUCAACUUACGCUUUAUAGGGAACUUCACUGGUAUUGGAACUGCGUGGUCAGUGUCAUAGAACUUGUGCUUUAAAAUUAUGAUGAUUUUGUGUGUUA